CCCUACCUAACAAAACAUACCGAGCCUGUUAAGUUUCACUGGUACGUACCUCCUCCACAAUCGAAGAAAGUAUGUACAUACGAGUACCUAGGUAUGUAUGUAUUCCGAGACUUCCACAAACCCGAGAGCUGUAAACUCUAAAUAUACUUACUCAUCCAAUCAAAAUGCACAAACUCCAAAAGAGACACAAGCGUUUGGACAAGCGUGACUGUCGAUCAGACGGGACCUCCGCAAUUGCAAGAGGGGUGGAUAACUUCAAAAGAUGAAUCGUAUGAUGUUUGUGAUGAUUUUUAACGGGGUAUAUAUAUUUCAAUUCAAUAAAUAAUCUUACGAUUUUUACAUUUUUUCAUAUUUUCAUAAAAAUCUAUCUCGCUUUUAUUUGAGAAACAUAAUCAACCUCGCUUCUUUAACCUUACCUACCCAUAAAAAUUAAUCCCAAGCAUCCACCAAACCUACCCACCUACCUCCUUCCCCACACAACAACCACCAAUAAAGAAAACAAAAAAAAACAUGGAGAACCUCCCCACAGAACAAUGGGCACAAGUAGUCGAAGAAACCGGCAAACGUAAGCCAGUCUGAUUGAUAAUCCCCCACAAUCCAAACUCUGACACCGGUGGACUAAUUAAUCUAAUCUUACCUAGCCGUCGUGUACAAAAGAAUCCCCGUCCAAAAACCCGGUCCGGAUGAAGUUCUCGUCAACAUAAAAUAUUCCGGAGUAUGCCACACGGAUCUCCACGCUGUGAAUGGUGAUUGGCCAUUAGAGAGGAAGUUACCACUUGUAGGAGGUCACGAGGGAGCAGGAGUCGUUGUCGCUGUUGGAAGUCUUGUUGAAGAUGUGAAGAUUGGUGAUUAUGCUGGUGUAAAGGUAAGUCUGUCAUAUGAUAAUUUACUAUAUCCCAAAAUACAAGUGGAAUAAAUAAAAAUACUAAUGCGAAGAAAAGUGGUUAAAUGGAAGUUGUCUCGCCUGCGAUUUCUGCCAACAAGCAGAUGAACCACUCUGUCCCAAAGCACUUCUCUCUGGCUACACAGUCGAUGGAACUUUCCAACAAUAUUGCAUAGCAAAAGCCGCACAUGUAGCUCGUAUCCCCAAGGAAUGCGAUCUCGAAGCCAUUGCGCCUGUUCUCUGCGCCGGUAUCACCGUCUACAAAGGACUGAAAGAAUCCGGAGUUCGACCUGGACAAACCGUUGCAAUUGUUGGUGCUGGAGGCGGAUUAGGUUCUUUUGCUUGUCAGUAUGCUAAAGCUAUGGGUUUGGAUAUUAUAGCUAUUGAUGGAGGAGCCGAGAAACAAGAGAUGACUAAGGAAUUGGGUGCCCAGCAUUACGUUGACUUUAUGUCGAGCAAGAAUUUGGUCGAAGAUGUGAAGGCAUGCACGAGGGAUGGACUUGGACCACAUGCUGUUAUUUUGGUUGCUGUUAAUGAGAAGCCUUUCCAGCAAGCUGCCGAAUAUGUUCGACCACGUGGUACAGUCGUUGCUAUUGGCCUUCCAGCUGGUGCCUAUCUUCGCGCGCCGGUUUUCGAGUCGGUUAUUAAAAUGAUUACUAUCAAAGGAUCAUAUGUUGGUAACCGAAAGGACUCUGCUGAGGCCAUUGAGUUUUUCAGACGCGGUCUUAUCAAGUCUCCAUAUAAGACAUGUGGUUUGAGUGAGUUGCAGAAGGUUUAUGAUUUGAUGCAUGAGGGUAAGAUUGCUGGAAGGUAUGUUGUUGACACCAGCAAGUGAUUGGUUCGGUUUGACUGUAAUGGGAGUUGUGAAACGGGAAAAGCUAUUGGCGUGAAGCGUGAGGUCAUGGAUUUGAUUGGGGAUCUUCGUUCGGUAUUAGAUACUAGCAGUGAAUUCAGUAGGAAGUACGUAACAGCAAUGAAAGUAAAAUAGUACAAAAACAAGAUUAUACUUGAUAAUUUGUGAUCCUGUGUUAGUAUCUUAACAAGUAGGUAAGGUGAUGACAGGGAAAAUAGUGGGCUUUGAUAAUUACCAUCAAUUCUUCUGACAACCAUGACCAAACCUACGCCCAAUCGCCCAAUCGCCCAAUCUAGUAUCAGAAGGCCCCAAUCCCUCGUUAAGACAUAGAUUCAGUGUCUCCUCACGCCACAAGACAUACUAAUCUCCAGCCGUCCCGCCACCAUGGACCCGGGUAAAUGAUUACUCAUUUUGUUGCAUAUCUCAGUCCUACCAGCAUAGGUAGGACCUAUGCAGCCACGGAAAGAGCGAGUAAAAGAUAUCUUUUGUUGCAUAUCUCAACACAACAGGAGUGGUACGGAGUACAAGAUAUCGGGAAUAUGGAUCUAGCUCACACGUACAAAAGAAGCUAAUGUCUCUUCCACCACCUUUGCUAAAUGUUGAUCAUACCUCAUCCAACGUGCCUCGAUUUUGUGUAAUGUAUCAGCAUGUUUUUGUUGCAUGUCUGAAUGAAAACUCCACAGGUAAUACACUAUCAAAUUGAAUGCAUGAUUAUCCCUUGUGUUCACGGUAUGCAUCUAGC